AUGUCCACCCGCACCCCCGUCUCCAUCUCCCCACCCACCGACGCCUUCGCCGCCUACUCCCAAGACAUCUCCCGCGCAAUCAUGACCUCCCGUUCCAAGCCAACCAAGCUGUCCGACAGUCUAGUCGACGGGAUGCCACCCGCACCACCCCCGUCACCCGUCAGCUUCGCCAUUGACAGUAACGGCGGGAAAAGGGGCGCCAAGCGAUCGAAGAUUCCUAGUCUGAGCCUCGAGUAA